UAAGGUUUUGGUGAUUAAUGGCUAGAAUUGGCGGGAGAUCUGCCUUUUAUUACUAUGGAGUACACUUUUAUGUACAUAGAAAGGAUUUAUUGGCGGCUGUCACAAAAAAUGUCUAGAAACUCCACCUGGCCAAAACCAGUGCAACAUGACAUUGUAUGUAAACACGAGGUGACAGUUCCCGCUUCCAUGUGUCUCGAUUGAUCGACCACCAACCCAUGCCCACCACCCCCGACGCCACUCUUCUCAUCCUUUCUACAGGGCAACAGUCAACAGCCACAACAGCAGCAACAACAACAGAGACACUAUCAAGAGCAAGAAGUCUUCUUGUUUUGUUGCUGUAGGAGAUAGCAAAAGUGUUUCAGAUACCCCAAGCAGGAUACCCCAGAGAGUUUCCAAGAGUCGCCAACCUCUGAGUUCCAUCUCGUUCAUCUAUCCUUAUUGUCCAGCUAGCUACUUAGCCACACACAGUAGACCACAAUCACCAUGCCUCGAGAACGAGAGACACGGCGGACAACCACACGCAUGAGUGCGAAACCGCCAGUCAGGACAGGCCGACUGAGUCGAGAUUCGGUGGAUGCCGACAAGUCGUCUCGCAAUACGGUACCCGUAAGUCGCCCCAGCAUCCGUGGUGGUGGAAAGCCUCCUGUCAAUAGGUCGAAGGGAACCAGUGCCAGUGACAAGAUGUUUGGUGCCGAAAGGAAGAAGGCUAGAGAUAAGAUCAAGAAGAAGCAGAGAGAAGAGGGAAACAAAGAGAAUGGAAGGUCUAUGAAGGACACGGUCCACGGGGCUGCCAAAGAGGCCAAGACCAAGGGAAACACUGCCUUUAAAGAUGCCAAUUGGGACGAUGCCAUUAAGCAUUAUACCCGAGCAUUAAAGGUGGACAGCAGAGACCAUGUCUGUCUUGCCAAUCGAUCCGCUGCCUACUUGAAAAAGGGUCAAAACGAAAAAGCCCUCGAAGAUGCCGAUCGUUGUAUCAAACUGAAACCAGCGUAUUCCAAGGGACACAUUCGAAAAGCAGGGGCGUACCAUGCCAUGCGCAAGUUCACUGCCGAAGUCAAAGCCUAUCAAUCCGGACUAGAUGCCUGCCCCGAUGACAAAAUGCUCACGCAAGGGCUGGACCAAGCCAAGCGCAGUCGAGCUGCCAACAGUCGUGCAUCACACGCCGCCCGGAAAACGGAAGCUACCAUGCAAGCCGCCGCGUCGGUUCGGAAAAAGGCUCGACGAUCGGAUACCGUCAGUCAGUUUGUCAAGGAGACCAAGAAGAACCUAGAGCUGCAAAUGGCGGCUAUUGAAGCUCAGCUGGACAUGGUUAGGGAGCUGGAGAAAAUGAAGAGUGAAGAAAAGCUGGAUCUUCUCUUUUCUCUUGUUGACAAAGAUAAGGAUGGAUACAUUGAUGCCAAAGAGCUGGCCAGGGGGCUCCGAAAGAGGAAUGUGGGGCUCUCGUUUGCGGAUGCCAUUGAAAAGGCCAUUGAGCUUGUAGCCAUGUACGAUGAGGAUGGUGAUGCCGUCCUGGAUCGCAAUGAAUUUGAGUACUUUGUGGACAAAAUGGUGGUGGAGCUAGACGCCUCGGUGGAUGAGUUCUCCGAGUUCCUAACGUAUCAAAUGCUCUUUUCGGAAGCGGGAGGCGACGACAGCGAGAUAGACGCCGAUGACCUCAAAGACGAAGUUAAAGAGCGAGGCCAGCUACUCAAUGCACUGCACGAUCCUCGCAUGGACUCUCUCUUUGUGCUCUUUGACCGGAAUGGUGAUGGGACCGUCAGCUUUAAGGAGGUUGCCUGUGGGCUGUACCACCUGACCAAGGAUAUGGAAGAGUCCGCCAAGGCCACUACAGGCCUUUUGCUCAUGAUGGAUGUGGAUGACAAACGUGUGCUGGUCUUUGAACAAUUUGCAAAGCUGAUAUUGGCAAUAGCGGCAGCGGCAGGGACGUCGUUUGAGGAAGUCGCCAACGACCUGACUUUAGCUUUGACAUCUCCCGAUUCCAAAAAGUUUGACAAAGAAACAAUGAGGGCACUGACGCUGGCGGAACGAGACUACAAAAAGGCAAGAGAUCGAGCCGAAGCGGAAAAGGCCCAGGCGAGGAUCAUGGAUGCACUGUCGUACGGGAGAACACUUCGACUGUUUGAUUUAUGGGACGCAAACGGCGAUGGCUACAUCAACUUUGAAGAGUUAUUUGCGGGCUUGCAACGAUAUCAGGCGGCAGCGGCGAGAGAGAACAAUGUAGUGAUAGAUGCAGAGCAGGUGGCCAUGCAGCUGAUGGCGUUGGAUACAGACGGGGACCAUUCACUGGAUCGGGAAGAGUUUGCAACGGCGAUGGUUACCUAUGCAGACGCGAUGCGGACCGAUCUACAUCAGUUGAUCGAUUUCAUGUGCGUGGUAACUGCACUGGAGAAGGUGAUAUAGCAGUUGCUGUUCGUGCUUCUACUUGCAAUGCGUGAUCAAAUACAUACGCACCCAAUCUGCAUCACCGGUUGGGGUGGUGUUGUCGCCCGUGGCUUCUGGCUAUUUGCUUUGCUGGUUGCGACCGAUCGAUGACCAAUCAACAGAAAUCCACAGCAUUGACACAUUGCAGAGCUUCGCCAACAAUCACCUGCUUACAGCGUAGGCUCACGCGAGACAAUGCUGCCGCAAAUCGGGGACGAAGAGUUUGUCUCGCGAAAACGAUGGAUUUGACUCAAUUUUUGUGUGUGUUGGAGAAGGGCAUGUACCUGGAAGCUUAUCUUUCCCUACAGGGUAGUAGAGACAUCGCUUUUUCUUGAGGCUACGGGAGAUUUUAUGUUAUUGUAAUACAGUUCAAGGUGGAAACGACAAGUGCCUCGGACCUCUCUGUGUCCAGCCCAGUGGCACUGUCAAUCAACAUACUAUGUUCUCCACCAAUAGAACUCAACCUUGUUGAAACAGUUGUUGAUAUGUUAUAGUAAAUCGAGUUUGGCUGUGAAUUGUGUUUUGUUGUGGCCGCACUUACUUUUUUGUAGAAGUAUCGUAGUGGUGACGUGCCAGUCUCGCAGCCCGCUUACUUUGACAUACUGAAAGCGAGCUAGCUCUGCAAUCACUGCGAGGAGUUGCUCUGUGCUUCCACAUGCAAUGCAUGAUCAAACAAAUAUGCACCCAAUCUGCAUCAUCGGUUGGGAAGGAGUUGCUGCCUGCGGGCGGCUAUUUGCUUUGCUGGUUGCAAGGAUCGAUGCCCAAUCCACGGAAAUUUACUGCAGUUGCAAAGCUUCGCCGACAAUCACUUGCUUGCAGUGUAGCUAGGUCCACGCGAGACAAUGCUGCUGCAUGGACAAAGAUUUCGGUUGUUCCAUUUGUUGUGUCUGUACAGGUGCAUGUUCACAAUGCAGGCGAUGCCAAGUCGGACAAGCAAUAUGCACAAUACCAGGGGCAUUUACGCAUUGUCAGUUCAGUUUUGUGAUGGUAGCCUUUGUUGGUUUCCACUGCAUCCAGCAACCUUCCGAGGUGCUCAAGGUAACCGCAAGGGUAAUCAAAACUAUCUCUAUGGAACCCUUUUGCUCUAUUAAUGAAUUUUCAAUACCGUACUGCGGCGCUUGCUUUGUACAUGAAGUAUGUGGCCACAUCUAUUUGUAUGCAUCAUCUUGCAGCAUAUUAUUCUGUGGAUGCUGGUAUAUGGGGCGGUGACAUUUCCAGUGUAGCCUCGCUCAGAUCUGGUGACAUGAUAUCUUCCCGUGCCGUCAAUCCCGAUGCAUCCUGAGCAUCUUCCUGAUCCUUGGCGGUUGGAAUGCUCUCCUCAUCCACUACUACUGCUUCUUCUUCUUGCUGUUGAUCAUCAUCCGUUGACAUGACUCUUGGAAAGGUGACAUACAGUGCCAACUGAACGAAUCCCAACAAUGCCCCCAAUCCAUUGGGUACAAAAAUGAGAAAAUCCAUAAUGGCAAAUCCGUAGGCAGCCCAGAAACAUCCAUUGGCCGUAUUGGUAACCAUGGUGAGGAAAUGAAUGCUGGCCGUGUUGCGGGUGCGAAGGACUGUGGCAAUGGUGGAAAGGGGAGCUCCGUAAAAGAACAACAAAUUCAAGUUGGAUGCGCCUCCGACAAUCCAUUGUUUGGUUUCCAAACUCAAUGCGAGACCAAAUCCCACCAACGCAAUGAUGGAGGCCCAAAUCAGCACCACUGCCAUGACGCAGUAAUCAUACGAUGGAGCUGCGUGUGUUUGUUGUGGUUGUUGCUGUGAUGUCUGUCGUUUGUUGUUGUCAUGCUGUUGUUGUGGCAGUGCAGUGAAUUGUUGCGUAUAUAGAAGCUUGGUCGCUGCCAGAUUGAACCAAACGGCAAACAAGAAUCCAAUCAUAUUGGGAAAGAAUACAAAGAGAUUCUAUAAAUAAAUGUAAAAAGUAGAAAACAAGAGAAAGCAGUCAGUGUCAGGGCCAGCCACAGUCCAAGUAAGUAACAAGGCAUACUAGUUGUACAUUUCAUACGUACAUUGAUGAGGAUUGAGUAAAAGACCCAACCACAGCAGUUUCCCAGAGUGAACGCCCAUGGAAGCGGAUUCAAAUCUCCCAGUGAUCCUCUUGCGAGAGCUUUUUGGACAUCUUGAAAGGGAGCAUAGAACAUGUACACGCCCACAAUGGUGCCCAGCGACGGGCACACAUACUCCAGAAUGAUGCUCUUGGCGUCCGUCAUUGUGAUAUUUGUAAUAGAAAUAGAAACAAAUACUUGAAUGGGAGGAGUUUGGCUGCCGUCAGCUUUUCUAUCUUUCUCACAGCUAAUAAUAGCGAACUAACGAAGUCGAUAAUGAAGAGUUGACCAGUAGCAAGAAU